AGAAAAACGAGUCGGUCAAUUGAAAGAACUUCUAGUCGCGCCUCUUUUAUUAUAGUUUUUCGUAGUCCCAUUUCACGGGACUAUUCGCGUUUAUUGAUAAAUAAUUAGGAAAUUUAACGUUGCGAGUGAUCAGUUUGAAGAAUAUGUGAAAAACGGUUCGGGAAAAUGCCCAAGUGUCACCCGAACUAACCUAACAAUCAUGGCUUGGGAUCCCUGAAGUUUUUUCGUUUUUUCAUUUUUGGGGCUAUUAAACCCUGCGAGAUUGUACAGCGAAAGAUCUGGACUGUCUGUGGCUCGCUCGCACCUCAAAUAAAUCUUAGGCAACGUACUCCUUAGUGAUAAUGAUAUGAUAGUCAAUUGAAGCAAUAUUUACAUACACUAAAGUGCAUAAACCCUUUUUUCACUUUUUAAACGUCUUUUGUGCUACUGUUUGUAUUAAUUCAUGUGUAAAAUCGGUUAAUUGUAAAAGUUUCAAUUGAACCUCUUUGGGUAGUAAAAAAGUUUCUACUAAUUAGUGCAUAAACUUUUUGGUGUAUAUAAACAACUGUUUAUAGUGCCUUUGGCAAUAUACAACCAGUUGUAUAGUGAAUCAAAAACUGCUGCUAUGCUUAUUUAAUGUUAAAAAUUGAAGUGGCAUCAGUUUAAAAAUGAGCAAGAGACGAAGAACUUGUUCAGUAAUUGCUCGUCACGAUGAUGAAGAUUUAAAUGAAGCCUCAACGAGUAGGGAACCUUUGAAGAAAAAGAAAAAAUUAUUCGAUCCAAUUGAGGCUUGUCAUCAACUAUAUGAAACUAUUAGGAAUCAUAAAAAGAAUGAUGGAACUCUGUUAUGCGACUCAUUUAUAAGGGUUCCUAAAAGAAGGCAGGAGCCUGGCUACUAUGAUGUUGUAAAUAACCCCAUCGACUUACUAAAAGUACAACAAAAACUGAAAACAGAUGAAUACAAUGAUAUUCAUGACUUGGAGACCGAUAUAGAGCUCAUUGUAGCCAACACCAAAGCUUUCUACAAAAAGAAUUCUCAGGAAUGGAAGGAUGCCGAUGAGCUGUGGAAUUUAUUUCUCAACUCUAAAUCAAAAAUAUUAAGUCCAGGUGCUGACGACCAUAAGGAAAAGGAAAAAUCAGAAAUAAAAAACCCCAACCAUACUCCGAAACCUGUGAGAACCCCUAUAAGGAAGUCCAAUAGUACCCACAAGAAUAAUUCAAAUAAUGUAAACAACUCAAAUUCCGACAGUAGCAGCUUUAAAUUUAGUGAUGAUCCUCAGCAGUAUGAGGAGCUGUUUAAUACAGUGAUGACAGCCACUGACGAUAACAAAAUGCCCCUCAAUAAGCAUUUUCAGUUACUACCAUCCAAAUCGGAAUAUCCUGAAUAUUAUGAGGUGAUAGAACAACCACUAGAUCUUAAGAGGAUAGCAAUUAAAAUUCAAAAUAAUCGAUACCCAAACAUUCUGGCACUGGAAAAAGACUUGGUGGUGAUGUGUAAAAACGCUUGUCUCUUCAAUGAGCCUAAUUCCCUCAUAUACAGUCAUGCCAAACAAUUAAAAAAGAUAGUGAAUCAACGUCGGAUAGAGAUCAUGGACCAAUGGAAUAAACCGAAAGCCUCUCCCCCGGUAAAUAAAUCCUCGUCGACCCCUAAACGGCAACGAAACUACAUCGCCAUCAUGGCGAAACUGAAAAAUCCCGAAGGCGGCUCAGAUUCUGAGGAGAACGGGUCAGACUCAGAACCGGAAACUCCUCUGAAACCGCCCCCACCCUCACGCACCCCCACCCCCAAACCGCGUAAGGAGGAAGUGAGGACUCCCAAACCUGUGCAGAACCAUCAUCACGUACAGGACGAUUUUGUGAAUUUAGAACCUGAGAACCCUCAAUGGAAACUGUUGGAGACGGUGUGGAAAAUGGAGGGUGCGGACAAAACGGCCCUCUCGGAACCGUUUUGGAAAUUACCGUCCAGACGAAUUUAUCCGGAUUAUUAUCGGGAAAUUAAGAAUCCCAUGUCCCUCACUCAAAUACGAAAUAAACUGACUAAGAAGUUGUACGGUACGGUGAGCGAAGUGGCGGGAGAUAUGACGGUCAUGUUCGAAAAUGCCAAGAAAUAUAAUGUGCCCAGUUCUAAAUUGUAUAAGGAUGCCGUAAAACUCCAAAAAGUGAUGCAGGCCAAAGUGCAAGCGCUACUUGACAUCGAUCAGGUAACCAAUAAGAAAACUAACAAAACCAAUUGCAAGAAACUGGAAGAUUCGAAUACUAACAACGACGAACACAAGAAGAAAGUGGGUACGAAACCUAAAAAUCUUAGUCCGAUGGGUCUGCCCAUGCGAGGAAGACCGCCCAAAGAAAUAGUACCCAUGAAAAGAAGACUGUACACGUUAGCUAAAUAUAUGCUGGAUUUCACUUGCGAAGACGGACGUCAACCGAUGCUCGCUUUCAUGGAAAAACCAUCGAAGAAACUGUAUCCGGAAUAUUACGAGGUGAUCGAGGAACCGAUCGAUUUUUUAGAAAUCGAGUCGAAAAUCAAAGCGGAACAGUACAGUUGCGAGAAAGAUCUCGUUAUGGAUUUUCAGCUGAUGUUUUCCAACUGCAGGCAAUUCAAUGAGGAAAACUCGCCGAUUUACGAGGACGCCAAUUUACUAGAGAAACAUUUAAUGGACAAGGUGGGGCCCAUGUUCAAUACGCCCGAGAAGCAAGAGGUGAAGAAGGAGAAAAACACCGUUAGAGUGUAUAAGCCCAGGAAAACGCUCACCCCGUUAGAAAAGGGCUUAAAACAAAUGUACGAGGCUGUUAGGGACUAUCGGGACAGCAAAGGGAGGCAACUGUCUCAGAUUUUCGUAAAACUGCCCUCCAGGGUGGAGUAUCCGGACUAUUACGAGGUGAUCAAACAUCCGAUCGAUAUGGAACGGAUAGCGCAUAAAAUGAAGAACAAUUUUUAUGAGUUCCUUGAAGAUAUGGCCGCAGAUUUCACUUUAAUGUUAGAUAACGCGUGCAAGUUCAACGAGCCCGACUCCCAAAUUUACAAAGACGCUUUGGUGUUGCAGAGAGUUGUAUCGCAAAAGCGACUUCAGCUUAAGGAACUGGCGGAGGACGAGGCACCUGAUGUUGCCGAAGCUGUCCAAGAUAUUCUCUUAACGCUAUUUACUACCGUCUAUAAUCAUCAGGACGACGAGGGACGGUGUUAUAGCGAUUCAAUGGCCGAGUUGCCCGAACACGACGAGAUCGAUGGGAAAAAAGCGAGAGCCCUCUCAUUGGACCUAAUCAAGCGUCGACUGGACAGAAACCUGUACAAACGUCUCGACUUAUUCCAAUCAGAUUUCUUCGCUUGCCUCGAUCGGGCCCGGAGACUCUCGCGAUCCGAUUCUCAAGUAUUCGAGGACUCGAUAGAGAUGCAAAUGUUCUUCAUUAAGAUGCGAGACGAGCUCUGUAAACAGGGCGAACUCCUACAGUCCCCGGCCUUAACAUACACUGCGUUAGACGCGAGACACGUGAUAGAAAAGUUGCGUCAUCAAAAGUCGAUGCAAGAAUCGUUAGAGGAGGACACGGAGACGCGCAGCUCGGACGAUUCGGUGUUAAAAGAGGGCAGCACCAACGGCUCCAUCGAGGAAACGAUGACCUGCAACCAUAAGACCUUUCAAGUGGGAGAGUUCGUUUAUUUGGAGUCAAAAAAAGACGGUUGCGAACCGCACAUCCUCAAGAUCGAGAAGCUGUUCGAGAAGAACGGGCAACAGAUGUUGUACGGGAACCAUUAUUUUAGGCCGGACGAGACGUACCACGUGCAAACCCGGAGGUUUCUCGAAAAGGAGGUUUUUAAGUCCGAUCAGUACGUCACCGUUCCUUUGGAGGAGAUUAAGGACCGUUGUUGCGUGUUGUCGGUCAAACAGUAUUUUACCAUGAAACCGGAGGGUUACGAUGAUAACGACGUGUACGUGGUGGAAUUCAGGUAUAGCUCGCGACAUCGGGCCUUUAAAAAAAUGAAAAUAUUCCCGGAGGUGCCGUCGACGUGUAAACUUGUAAAUAGAGAAGUUCCUUUAGAGCCAAAGAGAGUGAUGUCGAUAUUCAAGGAGCGACUGGAGAAACACAAGGACGAACUGGCGGAGCUGCAGGUCCUCGAGGGAAUGAUCGAUGACGAUCGGCCGAAUGUCGUGGCGUUUGUCGCGACCGAUUUGGACGACGGCAACACUUAUUAUGAGCAAUACAACACCAUAUGCUCGGGGGUGAUUAAGACGGGUGAUUUUGUAUAUGUAGUUGUAGAUGGAGGAAGACAAGUUAUAGCGCAGAUUGAUAGUAUAUGGGACACCACCGACGGUAAAUGUUACUUUCGUGGCCCAUGGUUUCUCUGUCCCACUGAAGUGCCAAACCCGACAAACAAACUGUAUUAUAAAAACGAGGUGUUACUGUCCACCGACGAGGACAUUAACCCGAUCGUCAGUAUUAUCGGCAGGUGUUCGGUCCUGGAUUACAACGAUUACGUUUCGCUGCGUCCAACGGAAAUACCGGAACAGGACGUGUACAUUUGCACCUCGAUAUACGACGAAAUCUCGCGGCAAAUUAGGAAGUUGCCGCCCGAGGGUCUCAGGAAAUACUAUCAUCUACCGGACGUGGUCGAGGACGAAUUGUAUUAUUUCAGUAAACUUCUUAAUCCUUCCAGGGUAGACGCCAGCGACCUCUACAACCCCAAAUUGUCUCAGAAGUUAGUAGAUACCAUUAGUACUAAGAAAUCGAACAAGUCGAAGGUGGUGACCGGUUACAUAUUAUACUCGAGGGAGGUGCGCAAGCAGGUGGUUCAGAAUAAUCCCGAAUCGAAGUUCGGGGACAUUUCGAGGAUCGUCGGGUCCGAGUGGAAGGCGCUCGCCGCGAGCGAGAAACAGGUGUGGGAGGAACGAGCCUCGAAACUGAACGAGGAGACGAAGGCGCAACUGUUGGCCGAGCAGGAGUCCUGUCCGAGUCCCGCGCCCCAACCCCAGGGACCGCCGGAAAAUCAGAUAUUCGAAUGUAAAUGGGAAGACUGCGACUUCCAGUUCGAAGAUCUGAGCGAUUGCGUGGAACAUUCGGUCAAAGAUUCGAAGGAUUCGCAGGGGCACGUGCAAAAAUACUAUCAGGAACAUCCGGGGGAGGAGCUUCAGUGCAAAUGGCGCAACUGUUCUCGUUUGACCAAGAAGAAUUUGCAACCGUUCCCGAACAUAACGAGACUCAUCCGACACGUGAGAGAUAUGCACAUUAAUAAGGGCAACGGGCGGGUUGUUAUGCCCGACUUCAGGAGCAAGAACUUUAAACCGUCAACAAAAGCGACCGCCGUAAGAAACUUGAACACACAAACGGCAACUGCGAGCGCAUCCGUCGCUACACCCGGUAAACUGACUAGCGCUAGUACGUUCAUUACAACGCCAGUGAAUUACACGUCGGUUAUAGUCGCAGCACCCGCCUCUAGUGCCACCCCCAUAGUGACAGGGGCGGCCCAAAAAUCGACGGAACCGAUGUUCCUCUCCGUCCCGCCGAGGCCACAAAGGGUUUUACACUCCGAGGCGUACAUCAAAUAUAUCGAGGGCCUCAACGCCGAACAGAAGCACAUCAGUAAUUGGGAGCGUACGUUACACGCGACGCCAGAAACCUGCGCCCCACCGGAUCCGGAGAAAUUAUCUCAGGUGGCCACGUGGCUCGGCAAACGGGCCGAUCAACACGACAACGUCGUCGCUGCACUCUGGCAACUACGCAAUCAACUUCUCAAGGACACCCUCUGUCUGCACAAGACCUUGUAAUUAGUCUUAUGAAGUUAUUUAACGGAUCGGUGACUGUUGAAAGUGUGGUACAAUUAAUUACUUAUAUUAAGUAAAUUAUUAAAGGGUCCUACCGAAUAACGAUGACACUUAUUCCAGUUUGUAAAUAUUCCUACUUAAAAAACUGUUUUUUUUUUAAUUAUUAGUUUGUAUUAAUGUUUAACUUUGUAUAUUUUGUCUUUUUAAUUAUGGAUUCGGCCCACUUUAUGUUUGAUAAGGACUGAUUUACUAUGCGAAAGCGCGGUUCGGAUCUUCGUUAUUCUUUCCUCGCUUAAACGUUUUUAAGCUGUAGAUACCGGUUUAAGUUUUAACUUAUUAUUUGCAGUAUUUUAUACGGUUUUUGUGAAAUAUUUUUUUGCGUGUAAUGUUUUUUUUUUUUUAUUGAGGAUGUAGCAAAUAUAUUUGUCGGAUACGUAGAA